AUGUCUUUGGCAAAUUACUCCAACAUGAACUCUGUGUCCAUUGCAAAUAGCUUAGGAUCUGGUUCACGGGCACCCAUACUUAUUCCUGAAGAGUAUAAUUCGUGGGUUGGCCGUAUGAAUCUUCAUCUUAACGCUAUAAAUGAAGAUAUCUGGAAGUGUGUAGAAGGAACAUAUGUUACUCUAGAAAAUAUGGCUACUCUUGCUACGAAUCAAGCCACUCAAACCGAUAUCAUAAGAAAGUUGGAACUCCAAGCCAAAAAGGAACUUGUGUCUGGAAUACCUCACAGUAUUCUAAGUCAAAUGGAUGACAUUAUGAUGUUAACCGCAAAUCAAAUUUGGGAAAAUUUGAAAAAUCGUUUUUGUGGAAAUAAAAGAAUUAUCGGAAACAAAAGAACAUCUGUUUUGAAUGAAUUCGAUAAUUUCAAAAUGCUUUCAUCAGAAACUAUCCAUGAUGCUCAUGAUAGGUUCAAUUUGAUUAUGGGAAAUCCAGCUAUUCAUACCGAAUCUUUGUACAAUUUGUAUAGAGAACUUCAAUCGUAUGAAUCCUCGAUUGACCCACCAACCAUUGAAGCUUUUGGAGGACCACUUGCUCUUGUGUCCACAACUUCUCAAAACCAAACACCUUACAAUGAUCAAAACUUUAAUCAUUUUAAUCAGACUACAUCUUUUCAAAACCAAUCCUUCCAGUCUGAUUCAAAUGAUGAAGCAGAUUAUCAACAACUGUGUGCUUUGGUUGCAAACACAAAUCUCCAGAGAUUUAUCCCAAAUCAUGGAACAAAUCACUAUGCCAGAGAAUGCCGAGCCAAAAACAAAACUAAAAUCAAAGACUCAGCAUACUAUGCUCAAAGAGCCGAUGAAUUGAAGAAACUAGAAAACCAAGAAAAGCAAAAAGCAUUGAUGGCAAUCCAUGAACCAAGCGUAGAAUACUGGGCAACAUCUGAUGACGAAGCUGAUAAUGAACAAGCACAAUCAAACUUCUGCUUCGUAGUUGGUGUUGAAAUACCUUCAAGAGCUCCAAACGUCAUAGAACAGGUAUGGUCUAUGAUCUCUGAACUUGGUUUUUCCAAAACAAUUUUUGAGUCCCACAUAACCAAAAUUGAGACUAGUCUGGAAACUGAUCUCAAAACAUAUCAUGACACAAUGGUCAAUUAUGAUAUUUGCAAAUCUGAGUUACAAACCUUGCAACUCAAAUUUGGAGAAUCAACAAGAACUAAAAGCAAAUUGGAAAGAGACGUUGAAAGAAAAUCAGAAGAUUAUAAUCACGUCUUGGAACAAUUAAAUCAGUCCCUAAUUCAGAAAAGGGAUUUGGAACUAAAAGAUCAGUCAAUCAUUUCUUCUGAAACAAAAGAUGUUUUAGAAAUGGAAAUCCUUCAGUUGAAACAAGACUUUCAAGAAUCAACUGAUAAAUACAAUAUUCUAAAUGAAAAAUUGACUGAUUCUUUAAAACAAAUCAAUUCUCUUAAAACCGAGAAUAAAAGACUGAUGUGGAAUAUGGAUUCUAUCAAAGUUGCUAGAAAACUAAGUGAUGAUAUUUUCACAAAGGCAAACACCUUAGGAACUGGCAAAAUUGAUACGAAUUAUAGACCAGGAAUUGGAAGAGAAUCCUUUGAAAUUGAACAAGCAAAACAGGAAUACAUGACGAAUUGUGAAAACUCUGAAUCUACUCUACCAGAUCUUUUCACAUCUCUUAAUGAGGAAGAUUCAGAUGACGAAACAGUUAUCAACUGUAGUCCAGAUGAUACUGCUUUCAGUGUUUCCAAAAAGUACUUAAUGCUGGAGAACCCACCCAAUGAUGAUACAUGGUAUAUUGAUAGUGGCUGCUCCAAGCAUAUGACAGGAAACCGGAACUACUUACGUGACUUCAAACCUAUACAAACCAAUCAAGAUGUUACCUUCGGAAACAACAUGAAAGCAAAAAUCAAAGGUUAUGGAAACAUAACAAAUGGUAAUUUUACCAUAAAGAAAGUUGCCUUCGUCGAUGACCUGAAACACAACCUCAUCAGUGUUUCUCAACUGUGUGAUAACAAUCUUGAAGUUCUUUUCACCAAACAACGAAGCUUGAUCAUGGACGGCAAAACAAAAGAUGUUAUAGUUGAUUCUGACCGUGCCGGAAAUAUGUAUCCACUUGACAUGGAUCUUAUCUACGGUAAACCCGAUAUAUGUCUGCUAUCUAAAGCCCCAGCAGAUAUUAGUUGGUUAUGGCACCGUCGCCUUUCCCAUCUAAACUUUGGGUACAUCAACAAAUUAAUCGGCGAUGAUCUUGUUCGAGGGCUACCACUCCUGAAGCUUGAUAACGAAACUCUUUGUGCCGCAUGUGAAAAAGGAAAACUUUCCAGAUCCACUCACAAAAGCAUCUCAGAAUCUAGUGUAUCCGAACCACUAGAAUUGUUGCACAUAGACCUUUGUGGCCCUGCCAAAACCCAAACCAUACAAGGGAAGAAGUACAUUCUUGUUGUCGUUGAUGGUUUCUCGCGCUUUACUUGGGUCUUUUUCUUAAGACUAAAAUCAAAAGCACCUGAAGAGAUGAUCAACUUCAUCAAACAAAUCGAGCUGAAGCUGAAACGACCUAACAAUAAAGAUCACCUUUCAAAAUUUGAAUCAAGGUCGGACGAAGGAAUUUUCCUUGGUUACUCAUUUUCUUCAGCUGCUUAUAGAGUACUGAACAAACGUACCAGAGUAAUUGAAGAAAGUACCGAUGUUCAUUUCGAUGAAUUUUAUGUCAGGAAAUUGGAUCGUGAACAUUUUGGUUCAAAAAUGAUUGAAAAUAUUUUUCAAAAUCCAAUUCAACAAACACCUUCUCCUGACAUAGACAUUGAAAUCGAUCUUGAUUUACUUUUUGAACAACCAAAAACUGCUUACAAUUCUGAACUUCUAACUACUUUAAUUGAUCCUACAGGAACACCCAGUGAAGUUAUUCCACAAACAAACCAAAAUGAUGCAGAUCAAUUCGAGGGGGAACCACCAACACAUACUUCCUCUUUGGAACAAACACCAAAUCCUCCUUUAAAUGCCCAAUCCCCAAAUAGCCAAAACAACCCCAAUGCAUCAUUUAUGGGGGAACCUUCAAACCUAUUCCAAGAUGAAACUCCUGGAGAAGAACAAUGGGAUACUGAAACUCCAAUUAUUAUAGCAGAAGAGAAUCGCUUAAUAAAGUGGACCAGAAAUCAUCCAACUGACCAAAUCAUCGGAGAUCCCAACUUAGCCAUUCAGACUAGAGCCGCAUCCACAAAUGAAUGUUUAUUUGGAGCCUUUUUAUCCACAAAUGAACCCAAAACCAUACAUUCUGCUAUAAAAGAUCCAGACUGGGUAAAAGCUAUGCAAGAAGAGCUAGCAGAAUUUGAAAGAAACGACGUAUGGAAUCUUGUUCCUACUCCACCCGAUGUUACUGUUAUAGGUUCAAGAUGGGUAUACAGAAACAAGACUGACGAUCAAGGAAUCAUUUGUCGAAACAAGGCACGUCUUGUAGUCAAAGGAUAUUCACAACAAGAAGGAAUCGACUACGAUGAAACGUAUGCCCCAGUUGCUCGAAUUGAAGCAAUUCGUAUCUUUCUUGCAUAUGCUGCGCAUAAGAACUUCAAAGUAUUCCAAAUGGACGUUAAAUGUGCAUUCCUACACGGAGAGAUAGAUCGCGAAGUAUACAUCCAACAACCACCAGGUUUUGAAGAUCCCAAAUUUCCAGAUCACAGCUUUAAAUUACAGAAAGCUGUCUAUGGCUUAAAACAAGCACCUCGAGCCUGGUAUGCCACGUUGUCAACCUUUCUCGAAGAAUCAGGUUUUAAAAGAGGUUCAAUCGAUCAAACCCUCUUUCGUAAAAUAUUUAAUAAACAUCUGUUAAUCGUACAAAUAUAUGUUGAUGACAUUAUUUUCGGUUCUACUGAUGAAUCUUUAAGUGUUAAGUUUGCAGAUCUAAUGAAGAGCAAAUUCGAAAUGAGCAUGAUUGGGGAGAUGACUACAUUUCUCGGACUUCAAAUCAAACAGUCAACUGAUGGCAUUUUCAUCAACCAAGAGAAUUAUGUCAAAAACCUACUCACUCGCUUUUCAAUGGACAAAUCAAAUACCGCAAAAACUCCAAUGGCUUUUGGAUACAAAAUCGAUGCAGACUUAAAUGGGAAACCCGUUGACCAGAAAAGAUAUCGUGGAAUGAUUGGAUCACUCUUAUACCUCAUUGCCAGCAGACCUGACAUCAUGUUUUCUACAUGUGUGUGUGCUAGAUACCAAGCAAAUCCUAUGGAAUCCCAUGUAGUUGCUGUGAAACGUAUCUUCAAAUACCUUAAAGGCACUCCCAAACUCGGCCUUUGGUAUCCAGCUAAAUCCGAUUUUCAGCUAAACGCUUUCACCGACUCAGACUACGGAGGAUGCAAGCUAGAUAGAAAGAGUACAUCUGGUAGCUGUCAAUUCUUAGGAGGUAGACUAGUGAGUUGGACUUCAAAAAAACAGACUUGUGUAUCCACAUCAACAGCAGAAGCUGAAUAUGUCGCUGCCGCCAGCUGUUGCUCACAAGUCAUAUGGAUGCAAACUCAACUGCAUGACUAUGGCUUCAAAAUCUCACAAAUUCCCAUAUUUUGUGACUCAACCAGUGCAAUUGCCAUUUCUCACAAUCCCGUUCACCAUUCCAUGACAAAGCACAUCGAC